AUGUGCAACGGUCCGGAAGAGGACGACUACCAUAUGGUAAGCUGUAAUCAUUGCAACUUAUGGGCGCAUUUUUCCUGCGCUGGUGUCGGUGAAGAUAUACGUGAUGUAGAUUGGUUCUGCCCCAAGUGUAAAAAGUCCGACAGCCAGCUGAAGGUUCCGAAAGGAAAUAAGAAACCCGGUAAGAAGACUGGUAGUGCUCGUAGCGAUGCGGAAUCUGCUCGCAGUGCCAGUUCUAUUCUAGACACUGAACUAUUGCAACUCGAAGAAGAGCAGAGAGAUAAAGAGCGAGCAUUGGAGAAAGAGAUGAUACUUCGGGCGAAACGAUUGGAGUUACAGAGAGCCUGGAAGAGAAAACAGAUACAACGCGAAAGAGAAAUGCGUGAGCAGGAACUACAGCAAGAAAGAGAGUUGCAAGAUCUUCAGCUGAUGCAGGAGCCGGAAUUAAUGGACCGCCAGCUAGCAGCCGAAGAAGAGUUUCUGAGAAAGAGGGAUCUAUUACGGGAGCGUAUGAAUGCAAGCGCUGCACAUCUACAACAGCUGAUGAAUGAAGGCGCAGCUGGUGGAUCGAAAGCGGGAUCCGAUAAAGCUAAAAGAGAUAGAAUAAGAAGUUGGGUAGAUAGACAAGAAAUAAAUAAAUAUGAAGAUUUAAAUUCGAUUCGCCAAGAUGAAGAAAGGCGAUCGACGGUGAGUUACAAGGAUAGGCCAGAUGAUAAAUUGGAACAUGAUUCACUUGAGAGUGGUUCUGAGCUGAGUGAUCCGAGAUCCCAGAGCAGAAGGCAAGACGGGCCGGGGCAGUCGAGAGUAACGAAAGAUCAGUUAGCGGCACGGCAGGUGGUGUCGAAACAUUUGCCAACAUUUAGGGGUGAGCCUGAAGUUUGGCCCUUGUUCAUUAGUAGUUUUGAACAUACAACAAGAGCGUGCGGGUUUACAAAUUUAGAUAACCUUAAAAGGUUGCAGGACAGCCUGCAAGGGGAUGCGUUAGAAGCGGUUAGAAGUAGAUUAGUGCUCCCGGACUCGGUCCCAGAUGUCGUAGAAGACCUUCGUAAACUUUUCGGAAGGCCAGAAAAGUUGCUGAGGGCAUUGUUAUUGAAAGUACGGAAAACACAAGCCCCUGACUCGGACAAUUUGAAAACAUUUAUCCAUUUUGGAAUCAAUGUUAAGCAACUUUGCGAUCAUUUAGAAGCUGCUCAAUUAACGGAUCAUUUAAACAACCCCAUGUUAGUGCAGGAAUUGGUAGAAAAACUACCGACUAACUACAAACUGGAUUGGGUCCGGUAUAAGCGGGGACGACACGGUACUCCGUUAAGGUUGUUCACUGACUUUAUGACUGAAGUGGUAUCGGAUGUAUCAGAGGUUUCCGACUGCAUGGAUUUACCACAAGCUCAACCAGUUAAACUCAGCGGGAGCGCGGGUGCAAAGAGAAAAGAAUUCGUGCAUAUGCAUGGGGCGGCGCAGAAGGCACUGGCUCAACCACAAACGGAUGGUGGUGGCGAGCCGUGUUGGAUUUGCAAACGAACCGACCAUAAACUCAGGUUUUGUGAUGAAUUCAAACGAAUGAACCUGACAGACCGGAUGAAGGCUGUAGAAAGGCUGAAGCUCUGCGUUCUCUGUUUAAAUAAUCAUGGAACCAGUCGAUGCAAUUUUAAGCUACGCUGUACAGUCGGUGAGUGCAACGGUAAUCACCACACGCUGCUGCAUCGAAGGGAAGAAUCGGUUCGACUAAUGGAAGUCAACUGUAACGCACACGAAAAUUUUCGUCGAUCAGUGAUUUUUCGGAUGGUUCCUGUGACCCUCUACGCAGGAAAUAUAGUUGUCAAAACAUUGGCUUUCUUGGAUGAAGGAUCCUCUAGUACGCUGAUAGAACAAUCAGUAGCCAAUCAGUUGAAGGUAAGAGGUGCACCAGAACCAUUGAUCGUUACCUGGACGGGAGACAUUAAGCGGUAUGAGAACGAUUCGCGCAGAAUUACUUUAAUGCUCUCUGCACAGGGAUCGAGCGAUAAGUUUGCUUUAGAAAAUGUCCGCACAGUCUCCAAGCUGGUUUUGCCGAAACAGAGUCUCCGGUUUGCUGAAAUAGGGACACGAUUUCCGCAUUUAGCAGGUUUGCCAGUAGCCGACCACGUAGGAGAAGAGCCAGCCAUCUUAAUAGGGCUGGAUAAUCUGCAUUUGUUCGCGCCGCAGGAGUCAAGGAUUGGUCAACCUGGUGAACCAAUCGCAGUACGGUCUAGACUGGGAUGGACGGUCUACGGGCCAGAAAAAAGGCAAAAGGAAAAUGCGGCCACUUUCCUCAAUUUACAUGUCACAGAAUCGGUUAGCAAUCAGGAACUGCACGAUAUGAUGCGAGCGCAAUAUGUCCUUGAUGAGGCGGGAGUUGCAACCUUCGCUGUUCCAGAAUCACUGGAAAACCAAAGAGCAAAAGCGAUACAACUAAAAACUACAAAACAAGUGGGAGAUCGUUUCGUAACGGGGUUACUUUGGCGAAAGGACGAACGACGGUUUCCAGACAGCUAUCCAAUGGCUGUGCGAAGGGCAAAGGCUCUUGAAAGAAGGUUGGAGCGAGAUGAGGUGUUAAAAAACAUCGUAUGCAAGCAGAUAGACGAUUAUCAGGCGAAAGGGUAUGCCCACAAAGCCACAAAGGAAGAACUAUCCGGAACGCCAUCGUCAGCAGUUUGGUAUUUGCCACUAAAUGUGGUAGUUAAUCCGCGAAAACCGGGAAAGGUACGCCUAGUUUGGGAUGCUGCAGCGUGCGUACGGGGAGUGUCAUUGAAUACACAGCUCCUCAAAGGGCCAGACAUGCUUGUAUCCCUCCCGAAAGUAAUUUGCCGCUUUAGAGAGAAGCCGGUUGCGUUCGGAGGAGACAUCGAGGAGAUGUAUCACCAGGUUCGCGUUAGAAAUGAAGAUAAAUCUGCACAACGUUUUCUUUUUCGUUCGACAAGCGAUGACGAGCUGCAAGUGUACGUGAUGGACGUACUCACGUUCGGCGCAACGUGCUCCCCGAGCUCAGCGCAAUACGUCAAAAAUGUGAACGCAGGGCGGUUCGCAGAAAAAUUUCCGGAAGCAGCAGCAGCUGUUGUCGAUCGACAUUAUGUUGAUGACUAUUAUGAUAGUGCGGACACCGUAGCUGAAGCGAUCGAUCGGGCUAAGGCGGUGAAAUUUAUUCAUUCUAAGGGAGGAUUCAACAUUAGAAACUGGGUGUCGAAUUCUAGCACCGUUUUGGAGGAAAUGGGAGAGCGAAGUGAGAAUGCAGCAGUGCAUUUCAACAAAAAUUAA